AUUUAUGCAGGUCAUCCUUGGAUUCAAGUUGAUGGGGUAGCUCCAGACAAGCCUCUUGAUUCUGCAGUCUUGACUCGCUUGAAACAAUUCUCUGCCAUGAACAAAUUCAAGAAUAUGGCCCUUAGAAUCAUAACAGAGAGCCUUUCUGAAGAAGAAAUUGCCGGGUUGAAAGAAAUGUUCAAGAUGAUUGACACGGACAACAGUGGUUAUAUUACUUUUGAAGAACUCAAAACUGGACUCAGAAGAUUCGGCGCAAACCUUAAUGAGUCGGAGAUGCUAGAUCUCAUGAAGGCUGCCGAUAUAGACAAUAGCGGCACCAUUGACUAUGGGGAAUUUGUUGCUGCUACUUUGCAUCUGAACAAAGUGGAGAAGGAAGACCAUCUAUUUGCCGCAUUCUCAUACUUCGAUAGAGACGGAAGUGGCUAUAUCACUCAAGAUGAGCUUCAACAAGCCUGUGAGGAGUUCGGCAUAAAGGAUGUCCGCUUGGAGGAAAUGAUCCAAGAAGUUGAUCAGGACAAUGACGGUCGCAUUGACUACAACGAGUUCGUGGCAAUGAUGCAAACGGGGGACGCUGAUCUUGGGACAAAGGGUCUAAAGAGCAGGAGUUUCGGAAUCGGUUAUAGAGAAGCACUGUCCGUCUGUUAAC